UGUAAACGGGUCCUAAAAUGUUUCGCCACUGUUAUCUAGCACUUGAUGAGUGCGAUUAAAGUACUUUUCUGAUUAAUGUGAGCAUACAGCUCGGAACUAACAGGAGUUAGACUACGAAUCUACAGCAUGAAGAACUCUGGAAAACUGAAAGGAAAGACCUUGUUCAUUACCGGGGCCUCCCGUGGAAUCGGCAAGGCCAUCGCUUUAAAGGCGGCCCGGGAUGGAGCCAAUAUAGUCAUUGCAGCCAAGACCGCUGAGCCGCAUCCAAAGCUGCCCGGAACUAUAUACACGGCAGCGGAGGAGAUCGAACGGGCCGGAGGUCGGGCGCUUCCCUGCAUUGUCGAUGUGCGCGACGAGCGGCAGGUGCAGAAAGCCGUAGAGGCGGCGGUGGCCAAGUUCGGUGGCAUCGACAUCGUGGUGAACAACGCCAGCGCCAUAUCCAUUACGGGAACCCUUGACACGGAAAUGAAACGCUACGAUCUCAUGCAGAACAUCAACGCCAGGGGUACUUUCCUAGUAUCAAAGACUUGCCUGCCUUAUCUGCUGCGCAGCGAGAACCCUCACAUUCUGAACCUUGCCCCCCCACUGAACUUGAGUCCCAAGUGGUUCGCCAACCAUACCGCCUACACCAUCGCCAAAUACGGCAUGUCCAUGUGCGUUCUGGGCAUGGCGGAGGAAUUCCGUGCCCAGGGCGUGGCCGUAAACGCCCUCUGGCCCCGCACCACGAUUCACACCGCAGCCGUCGAAAUGCUCAGCGGAUCAGAAGGUGCAUUGUACUCUCGGAAGCCCGAGAUAAUGGCCGACGCGGCCUACGCUAUAUUCUGCCGUGACUCCAAGGAAUACACGGGCCAGUUCUUUGUGGACGACGAGGUACUGCGAGACGUGGGCGUGAAGGAUUUCGCCGGGUAUGCGUGCCAUCCGGAGAAUAUACACCUGUUGGCUACGGAUAUUUUUCUUGACGAAGCUGGCCCUUCUGCCAAACUGUAAAGCCAGGAACACAUGUAUAAAUAUUCCUUUAAGACAGAAAGAACAGCUAAAAAAAAUUGUUGUAUGCGAUUGUUGAUACUCACAGUUGCUUUUGCUUUUACAUUUUUACUAUCAUUUAGAUGCCGUAGAUUUGAUGUUAUUCUUUGACACUAUCAAAAAGUACCAAUUCCAAUUUCCAGUAUUCUAAUUUUAUUCAAAAGUAUUCAGUGCAGUGAUGGGCACAUUUCCGAACCUAGAAAGUAUACAUAUUCUUCAUCAGAUCAACAAUCUAGCCAAUCUAGUCUGUUUCUUUCCAAACAAGUCCUUCAGUUUUAAAGCUAUUUGCAGGUAUUUAUAUACAGUCAGGAUCGGCCUACUCAUCAUCAUAAGGCUAAUUGAAACAAUCGGGGAAAAAAGGAAAUUAAAUUAUAACUUCUGUAUUUUUAACAUGAAAAUUAAUCAUUUUGACCGAUUUA